GAGUCGUCAAAAUCUCACUACAUUACAAACCGUCAAUCAAAAAACUCGCCCGAUAAGAAAUUUGUAGUAGUCGUAGUUUUUAUUACAUUUCAAUAUAUAAAAUUCUCAGUUCGUCAGAUAAGGAACUACUAAAAUGUCUAAGUUAUACAAGGCAGUAGUAAACACGGCCGACAAAUUUGUGCCUUCACAAUUACGACCUCUUUGGGAACAUGCAGCUGGACCGAAAACUAUUUUCUUCUGGGCUCCAGCCUUUAAAUGGGGCUUGGUGAUGGCUGGUUUGGGUGAUUUGACACGACCAGUUGAGAGCUUAUCCAUACCACAAUCAGCUUCCCUCGCAGCCACAGGAAUCAUCUGGUCACGAUACUCACUCGUCAUCAUACCGAAAAACUAUAGCUUAUUCGCUGUUAACGUUUUUGUGGCCAUCACUAGUGUAUAUCAGAUAUCACGAGCGAUUAGGCAUCAACAGUCUCUAAAGAAGGCGGAAAAGUGAUGAGAGACGGGUGUUUGUAUCAUGCGAUGUAGAUAUAUUAGUUCUGGGGUAGAAAGAAUUUCAUUUUGUAUACAUGUAACAUGGUUAUUCAGAAUUAUUGUCAUAGCUCAAAUCUGUGACAUGUUACGAAUAUUGAAACGUCACUGUCAUGACAAGUCUAAUUAAUGUCAAAUACAUAUUCACUUGUGAUAUAGAAUAUGUGAUAUUCUUCAUUUAGUUCAAUAUUUUUUAUAACUAUCGUGUUUAUUUUAUAUUUUUAGUAUUGUCUCAUGAUCUACACUGGUUAUUUAUAUCAUAUUAUAAUAUUGUUUUGACGUUUGUUUACAUUUGACAAAUAUAUUUUAGAUAUAUAAUAUA